AUGGCUGUGCUGCUGGGCAUGCGGCCGUGGGUGAGCGGCCAGCCACCUGUUGGCCACGAGAGGCAGCCGGAGGCUGAGGCUAAUGGCGAUGUCAAGCGAACACCUACAGCACAGAAGAGAGAUGAGGAAACAGAAGCGCCGCGGGAAGCCGCUGACUGGCUGGUCUCGCGCAGGGGUGGUGGUGGGUCGGCCCCAGCUCCUGCCACAAGGCUCGCCCUGGUACCGCAGACAGCAGCAACCACUACCGCUGGCUCGGCCUUGCCGUUGAUCUCGCUGCCUGACGGUCCCCCGCUGCCACUGCUCCACCCUGGCAGUGAUCUCCUUGGCUUUCUGGAACACCGCAACCAGCAACCCUGCAACCCGGCCCCGGGUGCCAGCUCGCCGCAUGCUCAGGCUCUGCUCCUACUGCUGCUGCUGCAGAUCGUCCUGGGUUGCAUCACCAUGCCACUGAACUUUGGGGUCCUGUCGCUGAGCAGCGCCCUGCAAGUGACGAAUGCCUGUCCCUUCUGGGCCAAUUCCUUGGUCAUCUUGAAUGGACUCUUAGGUGUAAUGACUUGGAAGAAGCCAAUAAUGGUUUUGGCCAACUUGUUUGUUCUGCUGUCUGUUGCCUGUGGUCUGCUGAACACAACUGGAUAUAUAUUAGGACAUCAAGGCAUUCAGUUUAUGUCCAGUAUACCCAGAUGUGAUUCAGUGGAUAUGGGUGAAAAUAAGAUUUGUUUGUGCUGCAAAGAACUUCAACCCACUAAAUGCAGAGAAGAGGCUGUGUUGAAGCUAUACCACGUGAAGUCCUCCAGUUAUGCUUUCAGCCAUCUCAAGAAAUUACCCUUUGCUCGUUGUGCCCUGAGUGCUUUCACCACCGUAGUUUGCUUGUAAGCGGCUGUCCUGCGUUACUUACAUGUUUUUGCAGCAAGAGGAUCCUACCUAGGUGAAACUCAGACUGAAGACCAAGCUCAAGUUUUGGAUCCUGAAGAUUUUAUCCCACCUGUGCCACCUCCCUCCUAUUUUACAACUUUUUAUUCUCGUGCCCCACCAGCCAGGGUACAAAUCAGAGGUGCUGAUGUGUCCUGCCCUGUAGACCCGCCUCCUCCCUAUGAAGCUGUACAAAGCCAGAACAGCUGUGGGCAGGAAGAGGCAGUACAAGCAAGUGUCUUGGGAGCUGCUGGUUUGGGGGAAGGGAGUGACAGGCAGAGCUCCCCUGGUGAAGAAAUUCCAGAGUCUUCCAGCAGAGUGAGCCUGUCACUUUCAAAUGCAAGCUUGCUGCCUGCAGAAGAGGGCAGAAGAUCCUUCCAUCCUUUGAAGCAAUGGUCUAAAAGUGACCCUGUGCUGCACUGCCAGUUUCUUCAAGGUGACUAG